AUGCAGGCCGAUAUAAACGAACAUUACAAUGACGAAGAUACCGUUGGUGGUCAACAUGGUGAAGCAGCAGGUGGAAUCGCCGAAUCUCGUGGUCAUAAUGGUAUCGGAAGCCUGGUUGCUGGAAAAGCCGGUGGUAGAACUGGUUUAGCUCCAGAUAGAUCUAGUCAUUGUAGACAAGGGUCCUAUUCUAAUGACUCUUUUGAGCUGGACAAUGGUGGCCGUGGAGGCGCUGGUUCUCAGUUUGACUAUGGUAAUAGGACUGGUGCUGGCGUGGAAAGUAAUGCCCCUAUCAGGCCGAUUGAUUUCGUCAGCAGUGUGCCUGGCUUGGCUCCAGGAACGUCAGCAGCUGCAAUGCUUUCUGAAUAUGCUGACCAGCAGCAGCACAUCAACUUUGACAGACAGCAACGGAUGCGAGAUGAGUUUUGUGUCAAUCUAUACAAGUUUAUUUCAGUGUUGGAGGAGACCUGGGACACCCUUUUAGGGGCUUUUCAUCUGUCGGAGGCGGAAUUUCUUCCUGAAAAAACAGAAGACGAAGGGGAUUUUUUAAACAGCUUACGGCCCGACCCCAGUGGAGAGCUAUCAUGCAAACUCAGGCGUCUGCUUUCUGAAUGGGGUCAGGGGCUUUCGAUACUGCUUGAACAUGAAACUUACUUUAAAGUUCUGUUGCGACUUGAUGAACCAAGGCCCAUCAACACCGGUCCUCUGGAAGAGGUUGACUACUGGCGGCUUCGUAACAAGACGCUUACUGCUAUCUCGGAUGCCCUCCACAGCAGGGACUCACAACGUGCCAUCAAGGCUUGGCGUCUCCUCAACCCAGAAGGUCAUCAGUACACCCGAUACCUUGAUGUCAAAGCAUUGAUGCUUGAGGCUAAGGACAACACA